UUUGAUACGCCGGACAGGAUAGGUCGAGACCUGAGUGUCCUUACUUUUGGAGGUGUCCGUAAGGAGGGUUUGACUGUAUUUCCAUUGGAUGUGAAAUAUUUUGUGUGCUGUUCCUAUCUCUGGUUAAAUAACAAAAUUGCAUUCGUUGAGUGAGUGACCAUCAAGUAAAGUGACUCCGAAAAGACUCCGAAAGGUCAACGUUGUUAACGAGGCAAAAAUAUGUAACGAAUACCACUGUUUGUGCUUAUAGUGUCCAAGCGAAAACUAUCUGUUCUAAUUUAGCCUGUUUACAGGCUCUCUAGUCCCCCCUCGGCCACAUCACUCUCAACAAGUUUCUUCUCGGCCCUUCCAAGUCCUUCCAGGUGCGGUCAGACCCUUCCAUCUGGAGCCUGUUCACAGGCUAGUUUUGAGACUUUUAAUAAAUCAUAUGGAAUGUAGCCCAUUUUUCAGGUACACAGUCAUUCGAUAAUAAUCUCUGUUAGCUAAGAUGCCCCAAACUAGAAAAGGUUUAUGAAGAAACUUUUUAGUCCGUCUCGUGUUUGCGUUCAUUCAAACGGCCUCCUUAGAGCUUCUCAGACCAGUUUGAGCGCGGAGUUAUUAAAUUAUUGUGGAAUUCUAGCUGCGAAUGCAAGCUUAGCAGAUCUGUUUCAUGUUCAGCUAUGUUUACAUACCGUCUAGGUUCCCAGACGAAUCGGAUUCGAAAAGAAUCUUGACACGCACUUGUUGUAAGAUAAAUAAACAAAUAAAAGAAAAUAUUCGUGUUUUUUUUUACAACGAACUAGAUUUCUACUGAUUCAGGUUUGACAAGCAACGCCAGAAUCCUUGGAAGGGGGCAGGCAUUUUGACCCCGCUGAAAACGAAGGAUAUUGUUUCAUGCUCGGGACAGGAGCUGAUGCAGCUAAACUUGGUUCGCCAGUUCGUUUACGUUGACUGGUAGCUAGAAACCAGCGAGAAUCAACCCUCUUGGUUCAAAAGCAUUUGCUUGAAUUCCAGAUCUGCUCAAGUAGACUGAUGUUUGUACUGGAGGUUUGAGAAGGAAAAUAAUAAAAAAGAAUUCAAAGCGUAACUUGUGCUUCACACUGCACUAUGGACGUGCCCCCAGUACCAGAAGCUGAACAGAACAGAUCGGUUUGCAAAGGUCCAAGGGAACUAAGCAAUUUUAUCACCUCUUCACUGGAAAAAUGUUUUUAUCGCCUAGGAAAGGCAGUCGGUGGAAGUCCCUGGAUUACAAUCAUUAUUUCAUUAGCCAUUUGUGGAGGGUGCCUAAUAGGUGCCUUCAAGUUCACGCAGGAGAAUCGAGCAGAUAAACUGUGGACUCCAGAGGACUCGAUAGCCCAGCGACACAAGGAAUGGGUGGAAAAACACUUCCCAGCUGAAUUGCGCGUCUCGUCUGUGCUGCUUGUGGCAAAGGAUGUCCUUACUCCUGAUGUUUUGCAAGAGGCCUUAGUGGUUCACAGCAGGAUAACACAAAUCUCGAAAGGGACCAAACAAUCUUGGGAUAACAUUUGUUUCAGGAUUGGCCCAACUUGUUUUGUUAGUGGUUUGUUAGAGCUCUGGGCUUUUAAUAAAGCUGCCAUUGACAAGCUUACUAAAGAGGACAUCUUGCGGAAGAUUAACGAAAAGAACUUAAUAAGUCCCAUGACGCGUAAAAGGUUUGUGCUAUCAAAAUGUCUUGGCGGAAUCGAGCGAAACUCCACGGGACAUAUUGUUGGUGCUGAAGCUACAACUAUCUUGUACGGCGUAAGAUUCAACCCCAAGUUAAAUUCAAAAGAAGGACGUCUGGAAGAUAAAGUGGUGGAAAACUGGGAAAAAGAAUUUAACAAAUUGAUGGAUAUGACCGUAACAUCAUCUAUGGAGCUUUUCUACAUGACAGAAGUUUGUUACAAGGAAGACGCGGACCGUAGUAUUCAAGGAGACAUAUUACUUCUCUCUGGGGGAUAUGUGCUCAUCAUCGUCUAUGUGUCAAUAGUGCUUGGAAACUUCACCCGCAUGAACAUAAAGGUCUGGCUCGCUUUACUGGGUGUUCUUUGUGUUGGUUUAGCCAUUGCAGUGUCAUUUGGACUAGCGAGUGCAUUUGGAAUUUUUUACGGACCGGUUCAUUCUUCGCUUCCUUUUCUUUUACUUGGUAUAGGAGUCGAUGACAUGUUUGUUAUUGUACAAGCGUGGAGCAACUUGUCGCCGAAAGAACGCGAAACACAGCCGAUAUCAGAACGAAUGGGACUUACUCUUCAACAUGCUGGAUGUUCUAUAACGAUCACAUCUUUGACAGAUUUCCUUGCUUUCCUAAUUGGAUCAACCACGAUUUUACCGGCACUGAGAUCAUUCUGUAUAUUUGCUGCAAUAGGAAUAUUAGCAGACUUUAUUCUUCAAGCUACUUUAUUUACGGCUUUACUGGCUAUCGACGCGCGAAGGCAGGAGAAGAGGAGAGAUGGCUGUUGCUGCUGCGUUGCUUUGCCCGAUAAUUACAGGGAAAGUUCGUUUGCAAAAAGAAGUCUACUAAGAAAGUGUAUGAAUAAAUACAUUGGCCCUAUAAUGCUAUCUCUUCCUGGAAAGGUUGUUGUCAUUAUCAUCACACUAGCAAUGUUUGGUGUUAACUUGUAUGGCACAACACAGCUAGAGCAGUACUUUGAUCAAAACUGGGUUUUGCCUCCUGAUUCGAUGACUUACAAGUAUACCCAUGCUAAUUCUGAGUAUUUUCCGGUACAUGGGGUCCCAGUGGAAAUAUACACAGGAAAGUUUGACUAUUUCAAAGAACAAGACAAACUUCACAAACUCCGCGAAAUUGCAGUCAGUGACAAGGAAUAUAUAGUUUCCAGCUCCGUAAAUAGUUGGUACGAGGAGUUCAUUGAGUGGGCAAUUGUUAAGAAGCCUGGAAAAUAUAUUAAAGAACGGAAAAUUACUAACGAGGAGGUGUUCUAUUCCUGGCUGGGCGAGUUCCUACAGACUUCAGGAAUGAGUUAUCGACGGGAUAUAAGGACUGAAAAUGGAACUGGCAACCUUCCAUUUGUGAUUACGGUAAUAAUAACUUAUUAUAUUAUAUUAGAAAACAGUCCGAAAAAAAUACGCGCGCUG